AUGUCUAAUAACAACCUUUUAAGACUUGAUACCUCCUUUUCGUUUUCAACACCUUCUUCAUCAAGAGCUAGUAGUGUUAUUCCAGAUGAAGAAUAUGAAGAUGUCCCUUUUUCGAUUUCAACACCUUCUUCAUCAAGUGCUUGUAGUGUUAUUCCAGAUGAAGAGGGACGAGUUGUUAACAAUGAAAUGGCUGAAGCCUUGUCUUCUCGAUAUACAAAGGAGGUUGGAGAGAAAUUUCUUGGCGACCCGGUAUCCAUACAAGAUAGAAAAGAUUUAAGAAAAUAUAAUACCGGAGUGCGCUUUCUUGAUGGGCUUCAUCAACAUUCCAAGAACAAAAAGAAGAAGCCCUGCAGAAAUUGUAAAUAUGAUGAUUACAAAUUUCUGCGAUCAACAAUUAAUCCUGGUCCAUAUGAAGAUUGUGAAUGGGAGGAACUUAAGUGGAAACCAUUUUCAAAUCCAAAAAUUUCUCCUAACAAAUGGCUUCAAGUCCGCCGUGAUGAACUUAAUAAAUGGCAAAGAGAAAGAGGCAUAUUAGUUUUACCUCCCACUUUCUUAAUGGAUGAUUAUUUCGAGGAUGAUCAUUCUUCCAACAUAAUGGAUGAUUAUUAA